UGCGAAUGGGAGAAUUGUGCCCGAAACGAUAAACCUUUUACUAAACGACAUAAAAUGCUGAAUCACCUUCGGAUACAUACGGGUGAGAGACCAUUUGUUUGUCCAAAACCAAAUUGUGAAAAGAAGUUUUCUCGACCAGAUUCACUAACGACUCAUAUUAAAACUCACUCCACUGUA